UUGGAACGGUCGCUUUUCUUGUGCUGGAUUCAAUUUCUGAAACUUUUCUCGAUAACGAAAUGUGAGCAAUAGCGACUUAAUCACUUUUUCGCGUGCGUCCACCGUGAUCCACGGUGCUCUUAUAAUGUGUUGUGUUUUAAAUAUUUUCAAAUGUUGCUCACUUGCAACUUUGUUUUAUAGCAGAUAUUUUGAAUUAUCGUCGCGAAUUGUGCAUGAAACUUCCGUAACAUAGGACUUAAAUAAGCUUAAGGACUUUUAAACAAAAAUGGAUCGUUUUAAUAGGUUAGGAAAAUACGGACAAUUGUUACUUACUGUUUUUAUUCUGGAUUGGUUGAUGAGUGAUUACAUACAGGCUACUAGCUAUGAGCCCGGAUUCAGCGGUCCAAUAGAGAACGUGACAACUCCACUGGGUCGGGAAGCUAUCUUAGCUUGCUCCGUGCAUAACCUCUCUACAUACAAGGUUGCUUGGCUUCGUGUUGACACGCAGACAAUCCUGACAAUCCACACACACGUGAUAUCAAGAAGUAGAAGAGUGGGAGUUACUCACAGUGAUCAUAAAACUUGGUUCCUGCACAUCAGGGAGCUCCGGGAGACAGACCGAGGAUGGUACAUGUGUCAGAUCAAUACCGACCCGAUGAAGAGUCAGCUUGGUUAUUUAGAUAUUGUUGUUCCGCCAGAUAUUAUUGAUCGUGGAACGAGUACAGACCAAACAGUAAGAGAGGCAGCUUCAGUGAGUCUGACGUGCGCUGCUACUGGAUCACCACAACCUCAGAUUACUUGGCGGAGGGAGCACUCUCAAACUAUCUCUCUAGCUGAUGGUUCACAAGUGACGUCACAGGAGGGUCCUGUAUUAAAUAUUACGAGGGUGAGCCGGCAGCACGCUGGAGCUUAUUUAUGUAUUGCUUCCAACGGAGUACCUCCUACCGUAAGCAAAAGAAUAAUGCUUACCGUGGAAUUUCCGCCGGUCAUAACAAUAAGAAACCAGCUGGUAGGAGCUGCUCUUGGUACUGAUUUGGUGUUGGAAUGUGAAACAGAGGCUUUCCCAAAACCUGUCAGCUACUGGAGCCGAGAGGACGGAGAAAUAGUCCCUAUUGGAGGAAGCUUAGAGCCACAAAGGAUUAGCGGCACUUUUCGUUCUGUGUUAAGAUUGCCUCUACGAAGGAUCAAAAACUCUGAUUACGGUUCAUAUAAAUGUGUAUCUAAGAACUCGUUGGGGGACACAGAAGGCACGAUCAAGUUAUACCCCAUGCCACCACCAGCAUUGGAGAAUAAAAAUGUAAUACAAAGGCUUAACAUUAUGAUCGAUAAGGAAUCUGAGAGCACUCCCUACGGCACUCAGGAUUUCAGAUUACAAGACUACAGCGGGUCUGUUUCAAGGAACGAGCUGUGUUACGUGUUAGUGAUCUCUUUGAUAACGACGAAUGUCUUGAAUGUUGUUUCGUUGUGAGCUGGGAGCUAUUGUUAAAUUUGUUGUCUAACGUGCUUUGUUGUCUAACUGUAGUGGAACGAGACUGAUGUUUAACGUGUUUGUGGAUAUUAUGUUACAGUAAACCUCGCUUCUAGAAGCAUAGUAAGCUUAUCUUAAUAUUGUUUAUUUUACAAUGAAUCUCGCCACAUGCAAACGUUAAUUCUAUGCAGCUAACUUGAGUUAGUUUUAUGUAAGUCUAUAAAAAUCUGUAAACUUAUUUUAAAAUGGUGGAUUAAUCCGUACUUAUGUAAUAUUUGAAUUAAAAAUAUACUUUCUUUUAUAAAUUUAAUCACCCUUGAAAAAUGAAUGAUGUAUGAAUUCAACAGUUCAACACAGCAUUAUUAAAUAUAAUAAGGAGGUAUUUUUAUUUAAUAAAUAUCCUAUUUGUUUUUUACAAAAUAAGGAACGAGCAUGACAUUCGGCUGAUGGUGUUUGAUACGCCCUGCCCAUUACAAUGCAAUGCCGCUCAGGAUUCUUGAAAAACCCUAAAAAUUCUGAGCGGCACUACAACUGCGGUCGUCACCUAGAGACAUAACAUUUUAAGUAUCAUUUGUCCAGUAAUUUCACUAGCUACGACGCCCUUCAGACCGAAACACAAUAAUGUUUACACAUUACUGCUUGAUGACAGAAAUUGCCGUUGUGGUACCCAUAAUCUACCUGGCAUCCUGCGCAAAGGAGCUUCCCAAUAGUGAAUCUUACUUCUUACUCCUUUUUAAUAGAUAUGAUUUGUUUGAGGUUUUUUUAAGUUUACCUUAAUCAAGUCUUGUAUUUUAGCAUUUUUUUUUAUUCUGUUGGCACGUGAAAAACAUAUCGUUGAAAAUAAGUUCAUCUUUGUGUUAGUUAAUAUGAUACUAAAUAGUUUUAAAAUGAUAAGAAAGUAUUAUAUUAGACUGAAAAAGAAACGGCUUUUGUAUAAAUAUAUAUCAUAAUUAGUCAAUUGCUAUAGAUAUUAGUUGUAAUAUGAAUAAGUAUUUAUUCAUUCAUUCAUACACUCACGCCUUGUUCCCGUAGGGGUAGGCAGAUACAAUAGAAUGCCACUUGCUUCUAUCCUUACAAACCUCACGGGCUUUAUCUACAUUCAUUACUCUUUUCAUACAUGCUCGGUUGCGGGUGCUCCGGACCUUUACUUAUCUCAAAACGUCUCCAAUUUGGUCGACGAAUGUUCUACGAGGUCUCCCGCGACCGACUUGCCCACACAGACUUGCCUUAUAUAUUUGAUGCGUCAUUCUUUCUUCACUCAUUCGCUCCACGUGUCCAAACCAUUUCAGCAUUCCUUUUUCAGUCCUUGUCACAACAUCCCCUUUCAAACCCCAGCGCGCUCGUAUUACCGUAUUCGAAAUUCUAUCAAUCAGUCUUACCCCACACAUACUACGCAGUGAUCGCAUCUCAACUGAGUUAAUCCUGCAUUAUGCUUCUUCUGCCAUACCCAACUCUCACUUCCAUACAUGAACGUGGCGACAAUCACUCCAUUAUGUACAGCCAUUCGCGCUUCUAUUGGCACAGUCUGACCGUUUAUAAAGGCAUGCAGCGCUCCAUUCACACACUUUGCCGCAGUCACUCUCCUUUCAAUGUAACCUUCAUAUCUAUCUAUGAAUAAAUAUAUGUAAAUAUAUUAAGUUAUAAGUGCUUCAGUUGUAUUAAAAUCCUUAAGAAACAUUUAUAUGUUUUAAACAGGCUAUUAAUGAUUGUAAAUAACAAUUAAUAUUAGUUGCUAUGACUAUAAUAACAUGUAGCCGUGAAUAAAUAAAGUAGAUAUAUUAUGAAAUGAUGUGUAAAAAGUAAUUUAUAUAAUGUUAAUGUAGUGAUUUAU